CCGGGCCACGCAAGAAUCCCAAGCUCUCUCCGUCUCCGCGCCCGCGAUGGCCCAUUCUUCUUGGCUCUUGACGUGCUCGCCGUGGUCGACCUUCGCGGCGCUGGCCGCCCUCAUGACCAGCGCUCUGGUGCUCAGCUACGCGUCGAGCUCCUUCCUCAACCAGCGAGCGGCGUACGACUACGACGACCCCUACGGCCCGGACGCCGAGCCGUCGGCGGCGGCGGCGGCGGCGGGGGCGUUGGUGCCGAGGAAGGGGCCCGGGUACCCGCCGGUGUUCGCGUACUACAUCACGGGCGGGCGCGGGGACUGCCUCCGGGUGACGCGGCUGCUCAAGGCCGUCUACCACCCGCGGAACCGGUACCUGCUGCACCUGGACGCCGGCGCCGGCGCUUACGAGCGCGCGAGGCUGGCAAGCUACGCCCGGUCGGAGCAGUCGUUCCUCGAGUACGGGAACGUGCACGUCGUCGGCAAAGGGGACGCACUCGACGGCAGGGGCCCGUCCGCCGUCGCGGCGGUGCUCCGCGGCGCGGCCGUCCUGCUCAGGGUCGGCGCCGACUGGGACUGGCUCGUCACGCUGGGCGCCGCGGACUACCCGCUCGUGACGCAGGACGACCUGCUCUACGCCUUCUCCUCCGUGCCGAGGGACCUCAACUUCAUCGAUCACAGGGCCGAUUCUGAAACCCACCACGUGGUUGUUCUCGACCAGAAUCUCCUGCAGAGCACCAACGCCGAGAUCUCCUUCUCUUCGGGACACCGGGAGAAGCCCGACGCGUUCGAGCUCUUCCGAGGUUCUCCCUGGCCGAUACUGAGCCGGGCGUUCGUGGAGCACUGCGUGGCGGCGCCGGACAACCUUCCCCGGACGCUGCUCAUGUACUUCAGCAACACGCUGGACGCCGCGGAGUUCUACUUCCAGACGGUCAUGGCCAACUCGCAGCGCUUCAGGAACAGCACCGUCAACCACAGCGUCCGGCUCGACGUGCCGCCACCGCCGCCGCCGCAGCAGCAGCCGGGCGCGGACCAGCAGCAGUCGCGGUACGACGCGCUGGUGGGCAGCGGGGCGGCCUUCGCCGGGCGGUUCGGCGACGACGAGGCGCUGCUGCAGAGGAUAGACGAGGAGGUGCUGCGGCGCCCGCUGGACGGCGUCACGCCGGGCGCGUGGUGCGCUGGGGGUAGCGGUGAGGAGGGAGUGGCCGAGUCCGAGUGCUCGCUCGGGGGAGACAUUGACGCGGUCAGGCAGGGCGCGGCGGGUCGGAGGCUGGCGAGCUUGAUCAACAGCCUCGUUGGAACCGGCGCGUGAGAAGGUCAGAAGGAUGUAAGAGCUAGACGCGCCCGCAGCCAGUGCAGGAGAAAUCGUACCGACGCCGUGGUCGUACAUUUUGGUUGUGCAAGCUCCAAGCUGGCUAGCUGCGUCAGAUCAAUUCAGUUAUUCCUUUUCUUUCUACAACGAUUCAGUUAUUCUUUUUGCACGGUUCAACAUUUCUGUUGAAUUGCUGUAAUAUACAGGCCAGAAGAGAAGAGGCUUACUUUUGUACUAACAGCUUUCUCCUGUUACCAAAAUUAUU